CCACUUACGGUGCCUGUGCUUCCUUUGCAGCUUGAGGGUCAAGAAGGAUGCAGAACAACAAAGACAUGUCUGGAGGGAGGCCAGAACCAUACCUAGCAGUUUGCCCACCUGCCCCUCCAGGAUACCGUGGUCCCAGCAUUCCACCAGAUCCCCACCAUAACAACCCUCCUGGCCCCUGCCCACCAGGGCAGCAUCCCCAUGGGCACCCCCAUCAGGGACAACCAGGAAAACAUAACUGCAAUCAGAAGCACCAUAAGAAGCACAAGAAGAGUGACUCCAAGAAGCAUGGAGACAAGCACUCCAGCAGCUCAAGCAGCAGUUCUGACUCGGACUGAAGAAGACAUCCUCCUACCUUCACGACAGUGAUGAAAUAUAAAGCUGUGUUCCA